GAUUAAGGACUCUGUCUGUGGAUCAGGUCUGGAUUAAGGACUCUGUCUGUGGAUCAGGUCUGAGCUGGUGUGACUGAGACUACGAUGAAACACCUGAACAACGGAAGAGCUUUGACUCUGGUGCUGGUGGCUGUGCUGCUGGGAGUGCUGUGCUACUACAUCACUCCGUCCUUCAGAGGCAUUAAGCUCUUCAAGGAGAACGACAUCAGACAAGAGAACAGACUGGAUGCUGAUGUCAUCCAUGUGAGUCGUGAGUUCCACCUGGUGGCUCCUGAUCAUCUGCAGUACAAACAGCCGAGCAUCGUACACGGUAGUCGUACCGAUGUGGUGACGGUGACGCCCUGGCUGGCUCCUGUGGUCUGGGAGGGAACCUUUAACCCGGUUCUACUCGACAGCAUCUACAAUAAAAAGAACGUCAGCAUCACAGCCACCGUGUUCGCUGUUGGAAAGUACAUCAUGUUCCUGAAAAACUUCCUGGAGACAGCAGAGCAGCACUUCUUCAUUGGUUUCAAGGUGCACAUUUGUGUGUUCACCGACCGGCCAGAUGAGGUGCCCCAAGUCAGAAUGGCCACCGGCAGACAGCUGACGGUGCGUUCGGUGCCGAGCUCCAAGCGUUGGCAGGAGAUCUCCGCUCGAAGGAUGGAGCUCAUCCAGUCACUGAUCGAGGAGCAGCUUCCCAACGACAGCGGCUACAUCUUCUGUCUGGACGUCGACUCUAAGUUCCACGGCCGAUGGGCGGAGUCACUGGGCGGACUGGUUGCCGUGAUACAUCCAGGUUACUAUAGAGACGACCGCAGCAAGUUCCCCUACGAGCGGAGUCCCGAGUCCAGAGCCUACGUGGCUCCUGGUGAAGGAGACUUCUACUACUGUGGGGGGGCGUUUGGAGGUCUUCUGCAGGAAGUACAUCAGCUCGCCAAAACCUGCAGAUCCAACUUUGAGUCUGAUGCCAAAGAGGGCAUCGAGGCUGCCUGGCAGGAGGAGAGUCACCUGAACAGGUACAUGUGGAUCAACAAGCCCAGUAAGGUGCUGUCACCUGAGUACCUUUGGCAGGACUUCAAACCCAAAAACCCAGAAGUUCACAUCAUCAGGUUCUCUGGAGUUAUCAAGAACUACGCUGAGAUCCGACCCAACGCCUGAGAGUCCGGGCCGGACCGGACUAGACUAGACUGAACUGGACUGAACUACCUCUGCACACCUUAAACUCGCCGGUUUUGACGGUACGCCACCCUGAUGUUACAGGGUGGCGUACCGAUCCGUCCCCUUCAGACUCAGGGCAUCACCUCUACGGAGCAAACUGUUGCUCUACUCGCUUAAACUAUCAAAGGAGGUUUAAAUAUGUUUUUUAGCUUAAAAUCUUUUUUAAUUUCAUUUAUUUUCUUAAAACUUAUGCACAUUAACUCUAAAACCCUGGUAACUACACUCAGCACUGUGCCUGAACACACCGUGUGUGACACUGAGCGUAACUGAAGCUGUUUCCGCUAGUUAUGCUAAUAGUACCUGGCAGAACCCUCUACAGAACCUGGGAGCUGUGUGACAGCUCAUCCAUCUAUCAGGGUUUCUGCGGAUCAUUUAAAUUUUAUAUUGAAUGCAGGAAAUUAAAAAUUUUAGGCCUGAAAAGGUAGACAUUUUAUAGAAAUAAAAUGAAUGUUUGCUGGAAUUUAUUUAUUUAUGGCUUGGUGGGAGAACGGAACCACAAACAAUAUAAACACAGCCAGAAUCUACACAACCACGUCCCAGUGUCUGGGUCCAGGUCUACACCGGGACCAGAAUACUCAUACAGAGCCAACCAUGAUACGGGUCAGCUGAUCCAGACUCUUAGAGCAGGUUUACUAACAUAGUCAUAAUACGGGGUAUUUAUAUUUGAGCUGUACUUGUUAACCCGUCGUACCUGGUACCGGUCCAUCCCUGUUACCAGUCCACCCCUAGUACCGGUCCAUCCCUAGUACCGGUCCA